UUCUUACAUUCCCGACGGGCCAACCAAUGAGGACCCAUUUGUGUUCCUCCUCCUAUGCCCUUCUGUUCAACACUUUGCCAUUAUUAACUGCUCCCCUCAGUAGACUCGCAAUGGCAAGAAACCAUUCGUCGAAGGAUUCACAACCUAAAGUUGACAAAAUGCAACAGCUAGUUCAUUCUGACCCUUCUGGUGGUUGGGAACAUUGCUGGGAGAAGGGGUUGACACCCUGGGAUUUAGGGCAGCCUACCCCAAUACUUGUUGAUCUUCAUCAGAGAGGUGCCCUUCCCAAAGGCAGGGCUUUGGUCCCUGGUUGUGGCAGUGGUCAUGACGUGGUGGCAAUUGCCUGCCCUGAACGCUUUGUUGUUGGCUUGGAUAUAUCAGAAAAUGCUAUUAAGCAAGCUACAAAACUGUUUUCAUCAUCAAAAAGUGCGGAGUAUUUUGCUUUUCUAGAGGCAGAUUUCUUCACCUGGCGUCCCACUCAUUUGUUUGAUCUUAUCUUUGACUACACUUUCUUUUGUGCCAUUGAACCAGAGGUGAGAGCACAAUGGGCCAGUAGAAUUCGAGAUCUUCUAAAACCAGAUGGAGAGCUUAUUACACUGAUUUUUCCGGUUUGUCAAUAGUUCUAUUUCCAUCAAAUUUCUUCCUUUCUCAUUUACAAACUUAUGAUCAUUUAAUUUCUUAUGAGAUAAAGAGUUAAUAAUAUGAUUGAAGUUACUUAUAAUAUCAUAGGAAAUUUUAUGUUAUGCUCAUGUAAUAGAUCCAAUAUAGGACUCGUUAUUUUUCAAGUAAGUAUCCUACAUGAUAUCCUAUGACGACGGCGGACUGUAUAAGGAAGGCGGUGAGAGAGGUGUUAGGGAUAUAUUCGGGCCGCACCGGUGGCCACAAAGGAGACUGGUGGUGGAAUGCAGUUGUCCAAGGUAAAGUGGAAGCAAAGAAGGCGGCUUACCUGCGGUUAGUAGGGAGCACUAGCGAGGAGGAGAGGAGAGCGAACAAUGAGAGGUAUAAGGUAGCUAGGAAGGAGGCGAAGAUGGCAGUCACGGAGGCUAAGACUGCAGUUUUUGCUCGUCUGUA